UUCCCAGCAGCCCGACAACAACGACGCCACACAACAGCCAACAAACAGACAACGUGGGCGUGUGGUGUGUGCGUCAAGGCAUCGAACGCACGACUCGGAUGCAGCAGCCGCAGCAGCAGGAAGGGGAGGUGGCAUCCCUUCAAGCGACGCUGACUGAACGACACAAUGCCGCCGUCGAGCAACUCCAGGCGACGAGGCCACGGCGGACUCGCCCGCACACCACGACGACUGACCUCGAAGAUGAUGAUGAUGAUGAUGAUGGCAACGAUGAUGGCGACGACGACCACAACGACGAUGGUGCACGGCGCACGUCACCGGGGAGAGCGGAAGGUACAAGGGCAUCGAGGCGGCGGCGCGCUGCCAGGAUGAGGGACAGAGGUGGUAAUGGCAGCUUGUUUGGGAGCGAGGCGUCGGGAAGCGAUCUCACCGCCGCUUCCGCCGGCAGAGACACGCAAACGGGCCUGAGGAGGCAGGGCGCACAGGCGAGUGGCGCAGCAACGGCCAGCGCCGUUCCAUCACGGAUGCAGCGACGACGCAUGCGCAGCCAGCUCAGCACAAGCUCAGCAAGCAGCAGCACUGGCAGCGUGUUUGGCAACCCACGCAGUGCCGCCAGCUCUUCACUCGGGCACAGCACUACACCUCAACUGCGGCCCGUGGCUGGCGGCCGCGGCAGCAGCGGCGGUAUCAAGGCACCCACAGCCGCGGCCAUGCACUCGUUCUCCAUCGGGGACUCCCGGCCGCGACGAAGGAGGACUCGCGGCGGCAGUGGGUGGCGGACCCUGGCUUCCCGCUCAGCACAGGCGCAAGGGAGCAGCACGCAGCAGCAGGCGAAGCCUCUGUCGCAGCGCGCGCUGGCAAGCACUGAGUCGUUCAUCUCGCCUGUGGCUGCUGCUGAUGGCGUGGAGGAAACAUCAUUUUCCAGCAGGCACAGGAGAGGGAGGCAGCAGCGAAGAGGUCGCGACACCGACGCAGAUACGCUGUUGGAGGAAGACGAAGGCGAAGACCAGGACGAAGAACAUCAGGGCGACAGCGGAGGCGGUGAUGGUGACAACGCUGGACCAUCCUCGAAGCCAACCGUGCACGAGUUUCUGGCUGGAUUGGAUGCGCACAUUGGUCUGUGGGGCGAUGAGGCAGAUGCGGUCGCCACGACUUUUGUGCCUGCAAGCACCCGCCUGGCGCCUGCGAAAGCGCUGCGGCGCAGACGGCAUGACGGCGAUCGGGACGACAGAGCCGAGGAAGGAGAGGAAGAGCUGCUCCACAGCGAUGAAGAGGGCGAGGAAGGUGGUGGUGGUGGCGGCAGUGCCGUGGCCCCGUCCGUGCACUCGCUGCUGCGGCGGGUUCGAGAGCGGUGGGAUGAAGUAGCGAGCAGCCGUGGUCGCGCAAGGCACACAGACACUGGUGGUGGUGUGGACCUGUUUCCGCUAUUCUCGCAGUUGUACACACCAGGGCCAGCUCUCGUUCCUCGCGCUGUCUUACAACACGCCGUUGCACGACUCGCUUCGGCGAAGCGAGGCGACGGCUGGAUUGCGUUUGCCGAUUCGCUAUCAUCCCCGCUCGCCUCAGACCUGUACAACAUGCUGCUGCACAGCCCAUUUGAUUCCACCCUCGCUCGCGUUCGCGUCGAGAACGCUCACGCCCACAAUGACGAGGACGCUGUUAGUGCGUUGGACACCUCUGCGGCCUCGGCAGAGGCGGCGGGGAUGCGACGGCUGGCCAGCGGGCUGGAGGUGGCGCACGUGCUCGCAUCACCACUGCAGGGCGGCAAAUACACACACGCCGCUGCACAAUACGACACGCUCACCCUCCACCUCCACGCCAUUGAUAUCCGCUUCCACCCGCUCUCCUCCGACGAACAAGUGCUUGCGUCUCAGCUCAUUGCGCUACAGCAGCGCUUCGAGGCCCUCAAUGCUCCCGCUCGCAUUCCCCUCAUGCACGAGAAGCUCUCUGUGCUCUCCACAAACGUCGCCAAUGCCUUUGCAUAUACGCGUGAUCCGGCCGAUGUGGAUGUGCUCGGUGAUGUGUCUGCUCUGCACACAGCAUUAUCUGCGUUACCCAAAGACCAGGCAGCAAGGGUACGCACGUCAUUGCAGGACGUGAUUGCACUGGAGACGGAGCGCGACUUUGUCCUGCGCGAAGUUGGACGCAUCCUGCAGAACAUGAUUUCGCUCUGGCGCGACAUCAAAGCGCUUCGUGUGUCGCAAGGGUUCACGGGGACCAAGGUGGACCUCAAGUUUGACCGCGUGCCCAACAGCGAGCAGGAGGACGAGCGCCUUCGCCUGCAGUGCCACCGUCGCGCCGUCUUCCACGCCACCGCCCUGCAUAUCCUCAACACCCUCGACAAGCGCUCGGGCGCCAGCAAAACCAGCCAGGGCGCGGGCAGCAGGGGCGAGCGACCUGCUGGCGAACCCGGAGGCAAUGAUCGAGAUGAACAGGGCGUGGACGAUGAUGACCGCGGUGGCCGUGUCCAAAAUAGAGAACAGGCAUCGAAUGCGAGCGCAGUUGCUGCUGCGCGGGAGUGGGCGGGCGGAGAGGCGGACCGGAUCAGCGAGCGAAUGGCGCGCAGUUGGGCGCCACCGGGACAGGACACGCUCAUCCCCGUGCUGCGCUUUACAGCGCGUAUCGCUGACGACGAUGAAUGCCCUCAAUACGAAGUCAACAGGCGCGCAGCUGCCACCAGCCUCAAGGGACACGUGACGGUGUAUUGCGUCGACAAGAAGGUUGACCAGGUCCCCAUCUCCAACAUUGACGGGUCCACCAUGACUGCUACGCUCAGCCGUACGCUGUCCCUGCAAGUCCUCUCCCGCCGCACGCCCGUUGUUGCCAUCGCCAUCCACCUCUCUGCGGCUGCCACCACCCGCCCCGUGUACCUUGGUGGCGUGUACGUCCCUGCCACCCACAUUGGGGCGCGGCCGCUGCUGGACGCAUCGCGUGCGCAGCCGGCAGAGGUGGAGAGCCACCACCUGUCCCGCCCCGGCGUCGUCGUCGAGGGACACAUGCACGACCCCACGUUCUGCAGCGCAACCGUCCACUACACGCUCAGCGUACCCAGCGGCGGCAGCGGCGGCAACAACACUGGUGCCGGUGGCGGUGGUGACGGCAGCGCGCGUGCGGGUGCAGCGGCGCAAGGGGCGAGGCAGCGGCCGUCACCGACAGCAGGCGUGCCUGCAGGCAUUACAGACCCAAACGACCCCCGCCAGCCAACCGCCGCCGGUGACGUGGGCGGUGGUGGCGUCGCGCUCCAAUCCAUGCUGGAGGCGCAGCUGCGGCAACGCCAGCUUGCCGCCAGGCACUUUCGCCUGCACCAAUCGCGUGCAGACACGCUGGAUCUGCUUGGCAGCCACGCACCGCGGCGAAGCGCUGUUGACGGUGUGACCGCGUUUGGGGGUGGUGACCACGCCCAGGCGCUGGACACGUCGGGCCCGCUGAAUGAGAGCGCGUCGCUUGUUCCAACCAUUCCUGCUGUGGAGGACCCGCUGCUUGCACGUCUACACAGCCUCGUCCACCUCAACAAAGAGCAGUUUGCCGCCACGCUGGCCCACCUUGCGCGCCUGCACCAGCAGCGGCAACAGCAGGCGAAGGACAAGCCACGCUUGUCUGACGUGGUGUCGGAGGAGGCCCUGCCCUCGUUCAAGUCACUCGGCGCAGCCAUCCUCCGCUUCUUCGCCCAGCGCCGCCCACUCCGCCCGCAGCGCGUUCCCCAGCGAGCGGCUGCACGGCUUCAGCCCACGAAGCUCGUCGUGUUUGUCAGGCUCGGGCGCAUGUACAACGUACCUGCGUUUGUGGACGCUGGUGGUGCUGGCACGGGUCGUGGCGGUGGUGGCGGAGGUGUUUUGGGGACAAGUGGUGGUGGUGCUGCUGGCGGUGGUGGUGGUCGGCGGCGGCGAGCGCGGCAGGCGACCAUGUCUGCGCGCAUGGCCACCAUGACAUCUGGCGAUGGGCCAUCCGGUGCCAACAUCAACGGUGCUGCUUACUCAAUCACAGUCUCCUUGCAAGGCACGGACCAGACGAGCGGCAUCGCCGUCGGACCAAACCCGACGUUCAACGAGGAGAUGGAGUUUGCAUAUCACCCACCACCGCAAGGAUCCAAACGGCAAAGCAAGGCUGUACAUGGUGUGCAUGCCACUGGCGGUAGGCCACACGGCAAUGGUGGUGGUGGUGGUGGCAGCGGCAGCGGCAUUGCCAGUGGUGGUGCGGGUGGCGAUCAUCCCACGGAAGACAGUGAUGACCAUCUUAUGAUGUCGCUAUUUCAGCACGUUGCAAGUGACAGCAACACACCCACAUCACGAGUGCUGGUCGCCGUGUUUUCCUUGCCAAUGGCAACACUGCUGGCCCAGUCACGCAUUCAGGGCACGUUUUCCUUCAGCCUGCCCACUAUCUUGCACCGCUUCGAUAUUCCAGGGCCUGGGGCUGAUGUGCGGUUCUUCAGCAUAGAUGACGAGGAGCGCGAGAUUGACAUCCACCCUGCCCCAGUUUCAACGCGACUCGACCGUCUCAAGAACACGCAACCCCCAUGUCGCUGUUCCGUGUUUUUGGCCCUCAACCCGCCCGUACGGGUGCCAAACCCCCCGCCAGCUCGCGCAUUUUCGCACGAAGAUGCUGCUCACAUCACCUUUGCAUCCAACCUCGUCGCCUCGUUCCAGUCCAAGCACGCAGGCCGCCGAUUCCAUGCCUGCGCGAACACGCUCACAGGUUACAAGGUCUUCUUGAACCGCUUCGUGCAUCCACAACCCCUUGGCGAGGACGUGCUGCCUGACAUCCCCCGUGACGACCUGCUUGCAAGGAUGACAGCUCGUGCACGGUUUGUGUCACUUUUGCCACAAGCGGACGUGGCCACCCAUCUCGCCGGCACGGGCCAGGACAUGUGGGCCACAUGUGAGCAGACGCUGCAGCUCGGGGCAUGCAAUGCACACGAGCGUGCUGUUCUUCUGGCAAACCUGCUGCUGGGCCUUGAUGAGCGACUUGCGGCAUGGGUUGUGCUCGGUGUCUCCGUCCCCGAUGGUCCGACAGCGUUUGUCCUCGCGCAGCUGCCGGUUGGUAUGCGGUCAGCUGGAAACAGCAGGGACAGCGAUGACAGUGGCAGCGACGACGAGGCCAGCAGUCGACAACAGUCAUUGACGAGCGGGAGUGGCACGCUGUUGUUGUGGAGCCCUUCGAGCGGACAGCCCUACGCAUGCACAGAUACAGCCGUGCCACUGUCCUGCAUUGGCACUGUUUUCAAUCAAUCCAACAUUUGGCUCAAUCAACAGGAGUUUGAUGAUCCGGCGAGGAUGACGUUCAAUCUGGACUCCAAGCCAGCCUGGCUGCCCAUUUUUGGUCAACACCACUUCAGCAUCGACCUCGCAACUGCCAAGAGAGAGGCGGUGCUAUUACCGCGUGCUAGUGCUGAGCAUGCCAGGCAGAUUGACGAGACGUUGGAGCAACUGCUUGUUCGCGAGGUGGAAGGUUGGCGCAAGCGACGAAUUACAAGGUGGAACCAGCAUGUGGCGCGAGCGCUUCGCACGUCGCUGUCGGCUGCUGAGAAGCUCGUGUUGUUCAACAGCAUGACUGUAUUGGGAGACAGCUUGCCAUCACUGAUGCAGGUGCAGCAUGCGUACGACGUGCGCGGGUUUGCAUUCACGGCACCGCUUGUUCCUGUCACUCAGCUGGUUCAGAGAGUCAAGCUGUCUGGUGUCUGGGACUUUGACGACGCUGUGCAACAACUUGCACUUGCCGUCAGGACUGUUCCUUAUCCAUGCAAUGUCUUUGCCUCCUGGGUGUAUAUCGUCACCCUAAAGCCGCGUUAGUGCGCCCUGUCGUGUGUGUGUGUGUGUGUGUGUGUGU